UCUCUCUCUCUCUCUCUCUCUCUCUCUCUCUCUCUCUCUCACACACACACACACACACACACACACACAAACAAAUCCACACUCCCCCAUCCUUCUCUCACUUUCUCUUGCCUGUAUCAUGAAACCUUCAAGAGGUAAGCUCCCACUCUCUAUCAUGGCCAUCAUCGUUUGCGCCUUCGCCUUCGCCGGUUUCCUAUACAUGGAGGAUGUUGGUACACUCUCCUCUAUUCUCAAGCUUUCACCUUGGUCUUCUAAACAAGAUGUAGCAACAGUUUCUAUUGAAGUAACAAAAGAGUAUGGAGAUUCUGCUAUGGAAGAUGAUUUUUUCGCUGAUGAAAAGGCCAAUUUCGAUCCAGACAAGUGCGAAAUUACAAAAGGGAAGUGGGUUUUUAACCGUUCGAUCAUGCCUUUGUAUACCGACCAGACCUGCCAGUAUCUGGAUCUACAAGUCACCUGCACUAAGAAUGGAAGACCGGAUGACGAUUACCUCCACUGGGAAUGGCGACCCGACGAAUGUAUCUUGCCAAGGUUUGAUGCUGUCGUCAUGCUUGAAAGACUGAGAGGAAAGAGGCUCAUAUUCGUCGGCGACUCGCUUCAAAGAGGGCAAUGGGAAUCGUUUGUUUGUAUGGUUGAAUCUUAUAUACCAUCAAGCCAGAAAUCCAUGAAACGCAGUCAAACUCGAUCGGUGUUUAAGGCCAAGGAGUACAAUGCUUCGAUCGAAUUCUACUGGGCACCAUUUAUUAUCGAAUCCAACUCCGAUGUGAACAUCGUAGCGGACCCAAAAAAGAGGAUACUGAGAAUAGAUUCGAUCUUCAAACAUGCCAAGAUUUGGAUUGAAGCGGAUAUUCUAGUGUUUAAUACAUACAUUUGGUGGAUGAGCAGUCAGUGGACGAAGUCAUUGUGGGGUUCAUUUGCCAAUGGAGAGGAAGGAGUCGAGGAGCUGCCCACGACAACCGCUUAUCAGAUUGCCUUGAAAACAUGGGCUAAUUGGGUUGAUUCGACAGUGAAUCCUAACAAGACAAGGGUCUUCUUCACUACAAUUUCCUCAACACACAUGAGAAGCUUGGAUUGGCACAACAAAAAGGGAAUAAGAUGCUACAAUGAAACAAGACCAAUCAUGGAAAAGGGGUAUUGGGGAGGUGGUUCGGAUCGACAGAUGAUGAGAACUGUUGCGAGCAUAGUUGAUAGAAUGAAGGUUCCAGUGACAGUCCUUAACAUAACCCAACUCUCAGAGCAUCGAGUAGAUGGACAUGUAUCGGUCUACACCGAAUCGCAGGGGAAGGUGCUAACAGAAGAGCAAAAAUUGGAUCCGAAACGCUAUGCUGAUUGCAUACAUUGGUGUUUACCCGGAGUUCCUGAUACAUGGAACCGAUUGUUUUAUGCAUACUUGUAA